AUGUUUCAGGGGCAGCGGGGCUGGUUCUGCCGCAGCGUCAGCCAGGACUUGAGGCAGUUCUGGGUCGCUGAAGAGGGGGUCAUCAGUGACGCGAAGGCCGCCGACUUCUUGUUCAGUUGUGAUGCCUCCCACCCAGACACACUGAGAAUAUAUCAGAGCCUUGAUUACAUAGAAGAUAACGCUACAGUUUUUCAUGCCUACUAUCUCUCUGCAGUUGCUAAUGCUGCAAUAAAAAACUCGGUGGCUUUAGGUCAUUUUGUUCUACCUCCUGCAUGCCUGCAAAAAGAAAUAAGAAGAAAAAUUGGUAGUUUUAUUUGGGAACAAGACCAAGAUUUUCUGACAGAAAAGCAUGAUGAAGUAAUACCAAAUGAAAUAAAAUCCCUUACAGAAAGUAGUGAACUAGCAACAGAGCACAAAAAAGAAUUAUUCAAAAGUGCAGAGAAGCAUUUGACAAGGACUCCAGUUGUAGAAAAGCAGAUAUACUUCCCUCUUCAGAAUUAUCCAGUGAACAACAUGGUAACAGGUUAUGUAUCAAUUGAUGUCAUGAAGAAAUUCCUUGGGGAGCUACAUGACUUCAUUCCUGGAAGUUCAGGAUAUUUGGCAUACCAUGUUCAAAAUGAAAUUAACAUGUAUGCUAUAAAAAACAAAUUGAAGAGGAAAUAUUAA